CGGCGGGGGACACGGCGGCCGCCGCGGGGCUCGACCGGGCUACGGCUGCGACGGCGGCGGCGGCGGCGGCGACGGGUCCUCCUCCUUCCUUACCCCCUUGCUCCUCCUUUUCUUCCUCCUCCUUUCCUUUCCGGCCGGGUCUCGUCCACUUCCCCUAGCGGCGGCCAGGAUCCUACGUAAAGGCAUGACUUCCCGGCACCACAGGGAAAACAGGGUGCAAGCCCAGAAACUAUUUCCCCACCACCACUUGUUGAAAAACUGAUUUGAAAGCGUCUCCGAUUUGAACAAACGGAAAGUGCCAGGAUUUCAUGUGUCUCAGGUUUUGCGCUGGGAACCCUUUACUAUUAAGUAUCAAGACGAAAAGAACUGGAAACUAAUCGGGUAAACAUUUAAACUUGAAAACUUCUGAUGACUUUUAUUUUGAUCUAAACCUUAUUCAAAGUCAGAAUGGAAAGAUUUGUAGUGACAGCACCACCUGCUCGAAACCGUUCUAAGACUGCUUUGUAUGUGACUCCCCUGGAUCGAGUCACUGAGUUUGGAGGUGAGCUACACGAAGAUGGAGGAAAACUCUUCUGCACUUCUUGCAAUGUGGUUCUGAAUCAUGUUCGCAAGUCUGCCAUUAGUGACCAUCUCAAGUCAAAGACUCAUACCAAGAGGAAGGCAGAAUUCGAAGAGCAGAAUGUGAGAAAGAAGCAGAGGCCCCUAACUGCAUCCCUUCAGUGCAACAGUACUGCGCAAACAGAGAAAGUCAGUGUUAUCCAGGACUUUGUGAAAAUGUGCCUGGAAGCCAACAUCCCACUUGAGAAGGCUGAUCACCCAGCAGUCCGUGCUUUCCUGUCUCGCCAUGUGAAGAAUGGAGGCUCCAUACCUAAGUCAGACCAGCUGAGGAGAGCAUAUCUGCCUGAUGGAUAUGAGAAUGAGAAUCAACUCCUCAACUCACAAGAUUGUUGACAAGGAGGUUACUACCAUUGUGAUCAAGAUAAUAAUGUGGAGUAUUAAAGUUAUGUGUUGAUUGUGUGGUUCAUUUUUAUAUUUAUUUCAUUUAAAAUCAUGUGAUGCAGAAUAGUUUUGCAAUGUGUAUAUAGUUGCAGGCAAAAAAAAUGUAAAACUUACUGUUAAUUUUAGUCACCAAUGGUGUAAAGCAAAACUUAGGGUUUAGAGUGUGCUAGGAUACCUUAAAUCUGAUGGUUAUCUUUAAAAUUGAUGGUUUUUCUCCUGAAAUGUUUGUGCAUGGAAGAACUGCCCUGCUUUUUUACCCUAUUGCCAUGUAUGAUUAUUCCUUGUGAGAUUACUUAAUUACUUGGAUUGAAGACUAGCCUAGGAAAUUGAAGCUGCUGCCAGGCAAUACCACUCACAGUAACUUAAAAGAAUUAUUUCUGAUUAGAGGAUUCUCUUCAAAAAGGAAGGGAUUGUGAGAAACUGUUCUUGUAUCUUCAGAUCUCUAGCAGAAAGUGACUGUGUUUAUUUCAAACUGCUUUACUUGUAUAUGAUGUAGUUACCUCAACUAUCCUUCAGUUCCUCACUGUCUUUUUUCCCCUUUUUAAAGGCUUAUCGUUGUAUUUAGUAGCAGCUUCCAGUGACCAAAAGACUAAAAUCUCUUUUAAUGUCAGUGCCAAAAGCCAAAGGGAAUUUUGCAGUGACAUGAUUUUAGUCUCUUACUAUAAACACAAAGUUUUGAACCAUAGCUUUCAUUUCAAGCAUCAUCUUGAAUUUGUAAGUUGUUGGGGGUUUUUGUUGUUGUUUCUUAAGGUCUUAAUGUUAAAAGACUUCAGGAUUGGCAUUGUAAUUUAAACAGGUAGACAUUUUAUGAUUGAGUUUUCUGUUUUUACAGAAUGUAAGUAAUUUUUGGCCGAUAGAUAAUAAGGAAAUUACUUUCUAUACAUUAAUUUUUCCAUAUGAUUUUAUAAGAGUUUAUUUAGAAUAGACUAGAAACAAGUUUACUUUCACUUUUAUGUGCUUUGCCUCUGGUGGUACAAGGUUUUUAAAUGGAUGCUAAACAAUUGUCUAAAAAAUACUGGCAAGAUUUUUGUAGUAGAGAUCUGGCAGUAUCCUGCAUAACUGUUUGGAUGAGGAAAUAAUCACUUCUGUUAAGGGUCAGCCAUGUUCAGGAAAUGAUCUCUCUCUGAACCUCACUAUCUUUUAAGGUUACCAAAGUAGCUUAAACCAGUUAUGUCCUCUUGUUGGAGACCCAAGUUAUAUUUUUUAAAAAAUAAACAGCUGAAAACUUGGAGUAGAGCUUUAAAAAAAAAAAAAAAUCUCAAAUUCUUUGAAAAUACUCAAGUUAAAAUACUUGUAAAAUAUAUUUCUAUUACAAAGUACUGACAAAUGAUGCCCUAUGUGAUAGCAGGAGUUAUCUUUGAGGUCAUUUUACCACAAAUCUUCAUUAAAAAAAAAAAAAGCCAAAGUGAAUAUGAACAAGGUUAGAUUUUAUAUUUUUCAGAAACAGCUUUCCAUGUCUAAGUUUCUUUUAUAGACUUAUGCUCCUAGUUCAGAUUGUCAAAGUGCCCAUCUGAUUUUAGACUUUAUGUGGAUAUUUUGUUUGUGUUUUAAAAUUAGCCUGUGACCCCCCUCUCUGUUUCCCCCUCCAAAAAAAAAAAUCAGUUGUCAAAAUUUGAACUACCAGUUUUUCUCACGUUCAGUUAAGUAGCACAAUAAAUGCCUAGAGUAGUGUUCUCAAUGAAGCACAUGAGACCAGCAGCGAAACAACCAAAAUGUACUUUGCUUUUCCUUCCUCUAAAGAAUUUGCAGGCAACCAUGUUUAAUUUCACUUAUCUAUGUAGAAGGUCUAAGCUGGGAAAAUAAGUGAGUCUUACAACACUAUUUUCGGAAUGCAAAAAUAAGGUUAGAUAACACAACCAUUCUAACUUUUCAAAAUUCCUUGUGAUUCAGACCGCUCCCUGUUGUUUGGAUAUUUUGCACCUGACAGCAAACACGUAGUGGCAGAACAGCUUUGAGUAGUGAAAAGCAGUAAACUGGAUAAUGUUCCACUGGAAAAACACCAAUAAUUCACAUUUCGUUUCUAGUAGUUAUUACUGACUUAAUGAUUAUUUAGGUCCCAUGUAAAUGUAUUUCUCCAGGCUCCUAACUAUUCCCACAUACACUAUAUCUAGGGGCAUAAUCCAUCCUCCUGUUAGGAUUAUAUCAUGUCCUUAGAAGCGUUUUCCAUCCUGUUGUGGAGGUUUAAUGUUUCUUUACUGAUUAUAAACCUUUUCGUUCCCUGAAACUGGUUAACUUUGUCUCAUAGUUACAUAGAUAAAGCAGAAUAAUUGUUUUAGACUGCUCAACCGUACAAAUCCGUGAAACUAGUUGGCAUAUGUUAGAUAACAAAUGAGAAAUGUCUGAGAGGCAUAUACUGCUGUCGAGGUGUAGUGGACGUGUGUACAAAGCUUUCAAUCUUAACUAUAUAGUGUUAGUGUGAUGCUAUACUAUUGGGAAAAUAGCAUUUUUUUCUAUUUUAUAAGUUGUAUGCAUAAACAAGAUUUGUAAUGUUUCAUUUAUAAACUGCCUUCUUCAACAAUCCUUUCCUGUUAAUAGUGUUUUUUCAAAGUAUGGUAGUAUGUUUUCCAGAAUUUCACUAUAUGCUUACAGUAAAUAGUUCCUAGCUUGUUGAAAUGUUAAAUUUCUCGUUAGUUUCUUUUGAUUCUAUGGGGCAUAUAGCAAGCCUGAAGGGCAUUAUAAUCAUUACAGGGUGAAAAUUUAGAAAGAUUGUGUAUGAGAGCCUAAAAAAUUUUAUUCAUUAUCAUCUUUGAGUAAGACUUUCUUUUUCAAACAAAUGCUACUUCCAGUUAAUGCAUUUGGCCCUACUGAAUUUUCAGGGACCAUAAAACUUUAAAGGAAAAGUUCUGCAUCUUAGAAUUGUAACGAAUUAAGUAGUAUAAGUUUGGGAUUGUUCUGAAGUAGUCAUUGCUUAAAAAUUAUUGUAAGUAACAGUUGGCAAGAUAUCUGAGCAGAAAAUUCCAUGUUAAAAACUUGCCUGAAAGAAUUUGUAUAUGAAUGUUAAUGGAAAAUACAUUUAAACAAAAUAAAAUUUAAGGUGACCCAAAACAAAAGCCACAAACAAUUCAUCAUUUGGUGCUUAGUUUUUGUAAGGGCUCUCCGUGGUUUGACUUGCCCCAGCUGCCUUUAAAUGAGUACAGAUCACCUUCAUUAAAUAGGAGAUUUGUUCUUUGAUUUCAUUGAAAAUCUUAGUCUAAAAUAAAUUGCUUUAGCUUCUGGUCAACACCGAUUAAAAUGUGAAUAGUGAGGUGGCUAUCCUAAACCUUGGUUUAUCUCAAUCCGUACUAUCAUAUAGCCUUCUGAGGUAAAUGCAAUUCUUACCUAGUCAUAUUUCACUUGUAUCCAGAAUAGUGUAUUCAUUAAAAUUUUACUAUGUUCA